AUGGCGCUGUCUGACUGCAUGUGUCUGCCCAUCCAAAAGAUGUUGGAGCCAUUUGUCCCAGGCGUGCACGCCACGAUCUCCUAUGCCUCAGAAGAUGGGCAGUACAAGGACGAUGGGAAGCGGACACGCUUUGUGGCGAACGGCCGCUACCGUUGCCACAACUUAGAGUCGCAUGGCUUCGCCAUGAUGCGGGUGGCCCUGGAGAAAACCCAAGGUCAUGACUUGUACAACUACUUAGAGGCCAGCAAGGUGCUGUACCCUGUGGCCGAAGACGUGCUCCGCAGAGCAUUUCCAUCUUCCACCAAGGUUUUGGUCUUCGACCACAUCGCCCGCAACGGAGCCCGCUAUGCUGAGGAGCAGAAAACCGGCGAAGCCACGAAGAUGUUGUCUUCGUCGUAUGCCUUUGCUGUUCAUGGCGACUACACCGUGCGAUCAGGCUUCAGCCGCGCGAGAUCCCUGCUGGAGCCACACGAAGCUGGGGGCCGAAUUGAGGCCGCCAUCCAGCAACGCUUCGCGUUUGUCAACGUGUGGGUGCCGCUGAAGAAGGCGGCUAGUGGCGCGGCGUGGGGCGGCUUGCUGCUAGGCAUGGCCCAGCAGGGGUAUCAGUCGGAUGUCCCAAGCUGGAAUGGCGAUCCCACGACCUACGAGACCUUUGAAACAGCCUGCAAAUGGUAUGCCCUGACUUUGAGAGACAACGAGCGGAAAGGAGCAGCAGCCCGGGUGUGGUCGAGGCUAACGGGCCCUGCAAAAUCAGUAGUGAAGCACCUCGACCCACAGAUGUUCUUCGCAGAGGACGGGCUGAGCAAACUCCUGGCCAUUCUCAGACAGUCUCCCCUUCAAACUCUUCCCAUACCCGACUCGUUUUCGAAGCUGGAGAGGUGGUCGCAUCUCCGUCGACGUGAAGGGGAGACAGUGGCCGAAUUGCUGGUGAGGGAAGAUGAGCUCUUCUUGGAGCUACAGCAGUCGCUGGCCAGAUCCAGGGCGAGAACAACUGGUGGUGCGGCAGAACCAACUCCGAUAGUGACAACACCGAAAGCCAAAACAACUGUCCAGGAAGAAGAUGACAUGGGCGACCUGCGCGACUUCGCUGCCACUCCAAAGGCGGGGUCCCCGAAGAAAAGUCAGUCACCGGAGAAGUCGGGUGACGACGCAACUUCAGCCAGUGCUUUGUCGACAACUAACUACUUCGAAGACGAGCUUCGUGGAUAUCGUCUGUUGAAAUCGGCGGGCAUCAAUGGUUCUGAAAGGCAACAAGUGCUCACUCUAACAGGAAACAAGGUGAACUUUCAGGAGAUCCGUCAGGCGCUCCGGGCGCUGUUCGAAGACGGAAGUGAGGCGCGCAAUCGACCUCGUCACGCCCGAGCCUGGUGGGUUGAUGAGAGCGAGCCAGAAGCCUACUACCAGGACGGCUACGAGACCUACGCAAUGGAGUAUGAUGACACCUGGGACGGCGACAACAUCUACUGGGGCUCUGCUGGAUGGGAAGACUAUGGCGACACCGGUGGCUACGACGAGUACUACGGUGACGCCGGCAACUUCUAUGAGGAGGAGUACCAGGAGGAGCCGUUCGAGUGCACCGAGGAGGAAGCCAACUUGAUGAAGCAAGAAGGCGAGGCCAUGGCUCUGGCCGCUGAAGCGAACAGAACUUUGACGGAAGCGCGAGCAGCCGUGGCCAAGGUCAGAGCGAGCCGUGGGUACUACCCACUUGGCGGAAAAGGAGGUGGCAGUGGCAAAGGCGGUGCGAGUCUUGGACGUGGCAAGGGACCAAAAGGGUCCAACUGUCUCCUAUGUGGGAGGCCUGGACACUUCUUUCGCGACUGUCCUCUUCGCUUUGGUCAAGGAAAAGGUCCUGGUUCUCCUUCAAGUUCCUUGAGUUCCAAGAAUGGAAAAGGAAAAGGAAAAGCAAAGAAAGGCAAGGGAGGCUACAAGGCGCACUACACCACCGGCAACUUCAUGCUUCAGAGCCUGAGCAUUUUGCACUCUGGUGACUUCGGCAAGCAUGAGUGCCCCAAAUUCGUCCUCGAUACAGGGGCAACCGAGAAUGCGGCUGGAGUUCGAACCAUCCAGGCCCUGGUCGACCACAUGAAGGUGGAACCCCAGAUUGACUUGGCCGACCGUCCGACCUUCAAGUUUGGCGAUGGACUGGUCUUGCAAGCAAAAUCCCGGGUGGACCUCCGAGACACAGCGUUAGGAGAUGUCUCGUUCUACGUCCUGGAUGGCGACGCCAGGGUGUCCACGCAUAAGGCCGAGGACACUCCCCUGCUCAUUGGAAGCAGGUUUCUCCAUGACCGUCAGGCCAUCAUCAGCUACCAGAACUUGCUGUUGUUCCUGAAGGGCGAGCGCGGCGAGAUUCUGGCAGCGCACAUGAACAGAUCGACGUCUGGGCAUCUGUGCUUGGAUGCCACUGCUCCCCCAACAGAUCUCAAGAACAUGAAGGCGAAGCUCGAGGAAGCAUAUCAGGUGGAGCUGCCGUCUGAUGCGCAGCAGCUUCUUAGUGUGCUGACCUCGCCUGGAGCUCUUGAAGAGAAUCUCCGGCGCCAGGGCCGGGGAGCUGAGGACGAAGACUCCGUCAAAAGCGUGAGCCAAGAGAGAACAGCUGAGAGAUCCAGAUCCCCAAGGUCCAGAAAGCAGGAUUCAGUGAAAGAAUACAUUGAGGAAGUGAAGCAGAAGACGAGAGUGGAGGAGGGAGCCAAGUUCACAAAGAUGAGCGGUCGAGAACCAACAGAAGAAGAGCUUGACCUCUUUGUUCGGAUGAAGCUUCUCGUCCCGACUCCUCGUGACUUGGUUGAACAGUUCUCCAUGAAUGGUCCCAUGUAUUUGUGUCGCACGCCGCACGUCGAGAUCGAUUUUUACAAACGUUUUUUUUACUUCUUCGGCUUCCUCCCCUCGUCCGACCUUGCCGAUCGAACUCUCGAACUUGCUCGUGAAGUCAGUGUUCAUGCUGAAGAUUUUCUCCAAAGCUUAGGAAAGCCUCCAAAAGAAGAAGAACAUGAAGCCAUUGGAAGGGCCAGUCAUGAUCCGAGCAGCGUUGAGCAUUCUGUUUUGAUGAUUCAGCAUGAGACAAUUGCUGUGGCUGGAGAUGCAUGCUCCAUGACCCGUCGGCUGGAACAGCUGAGAUUGCGAAUCCUUAGCUUUCAGUGCGCCUCUCUGACGCAUGACUUCCAAGCCUCCAGCGCCAGUCGACGACCCGACUGUCUUCGCUGCGGGCUGCGACUCGAGUAUGUGGCAACCAAGGGCGAAGGCAAGCACAGGACUGCGGGCCCCGAUAUGCACAUCAUCCUCCAAGCGUUGCACGAGCUCCAGGGCGAGAUGGAUGUGGAGUACAUCAACGAGAAUGCUGUGAAGGGCAAGAUAAUGGAAGUGCAAGGCCGCAGAAUGAUGGCAGGAGAGCGUGUUCGCGCCAAAGUGAACAUGGAGUCCAACCGGCGCUACGUCUGGGAAGAGACAACUGGACCAACUGUGGCGCAGCGCUUGGCCAGCGCAAAGCCGAAGGCGAGGGCGAGCCCCAAGGCCAUGACGUCGCCAUCUACAAGGCCAAUGCCAUCAACGAGGACGCGGACUACGACGUCAGCGACAUCUUCUACAAUGCCUCAGACCGCAGUGCCGGAAGCGAUCCAAGGGUAUCCAGCCGAGGACCGCCAGACCGAGAAGAAGAUGGCCAAGGCUCUCGAGAUGAAAGACUCCGAGCUGGUGGCGGCCUCGGAGCAGGUGUUCUACCUGGAAGAGAAGCUGAAGAGCAUGAAGGAGAAGCUGAAGGCGGCCAAGGAGGGACAGGACGUCAGCCCUUCGGAGUCGGAGGAGGACGAAGUCUGGGCGCGACUAGAUGGCGUUCGGAAGGCCAUCGGAAGCUACGUGAGUCAGCAGCCACGAGAUGCUGAGACCUUGACCUCAGCCUCUGUGAAGUCCACUCUGGGUCCGAUGAAAGGUGUGGAGCACCUGGACACUGGAGGAGUGGAUUUGAGUGGCCUCCCGAAGCGAAAAGAAAGUAUCACCUCGACUCUGAAAAAGCGAGUUGAAGGCAAUGGUCGCAACUACAUGGCAACCUUGCUCUGUACAGCAACCGUCCUUUUUGGACUCUUUCAGAAUUCAGAUUUCCUGGAGAUCGGCACUAACCAUUUUGGAAGUGCAGCCCAGAACGAGGGAAUGCUCUAUGAAAACAUCUCUCAGUAUGACAAGAAAAUCCAGCAGGACUACCUCGAGAAGAUCAUUGACUCGACAAAUCCAUCGUUUCUAUGGGCAUCGUUACCAUCGCACCGGCUGUGCUGGAUUGACGUGGACAAGGCUAAGUGGUCUCCGUCAAGGUGGAGAAACUUCGAGCGACUUCGGCGAAAGGACCUACAGCAUGCGGAGAAGUUAGCAGCGCAAGUAAAUCGCCACUUGGAUCGCGGUGGUCUCUUUGCUUGGGAAUGGCAGGAAGAUGCUGUCUUCGGAUGGAAAAGUCCCGCAAUGGAAUCUGUGCGGAAAAAGGCAGCAGCUAUGGACAUGGACAUCUACGAGUGCAUUGUCGACAGCUGCCACUACCACCAUGGGAAAGGAGAGCCAUCCACUCGUCGCUGGAAGAUCCUCACCAACUGCAAGCAUCUCUACAGGCAAGUCGGAAGGAGAGUAUGCCCAGGACAUCGCAAUCAUGUGAUCCCCGAAACUACUCGAGUUCCUUACCCGGAGAAGAUGGUGAACCAGAUGGCUGAAGCGAUUCGAUGGGAUGUACAAGAACACCAUGGUUCUCUCUUUCAAGCUCUCGAGCAGUAUGCUUGUGAAGAGAUGCCCUGUCAACCACAUAGUCUUUGCGAGAACGGGCCCUCAGUGAUGGCGUUGCAGCGAACAAAGAUGCCGCUAGAAAAGCCAACGGGCAAGAAGCUAGAAGAGGUGAAGAGCCAGAUGAUGCGAUUACACCGAGCCUCAGGCCAUUCUAGCAUGGAAGGCUUGGCACGACUCCUGAAAAGAAGGGGUUCCCCAGCAUGGGCAGUGGAGAUGGCCAAAGAACUCCAAUGUCCUGACUGCUUGGAAGAGAAGAAGAUUGGGCCUCCGCCGCCGAGUUCAUUGGAAGAGCCUCCGGCCCUAUGGGAGACCCUUGGCAUGGACGUGUUUGAGUAUGAGUACGUGGACCAAGAAACCAACGUGCGCAUGAAGGCAAAGCUCCUGUUGAUGAUCGACCGGGCGUCGCGUUUCUGUCAGACGAGGUUGCUAAAGACGUACCCGGCGGCAGAGGCGUGGGAGCCCACGUCUGAAAUCAUCAAGGAGUCCAUCGUGAAGAGUUGGUUGGCGGUUAACCCCGCGCCAUUAUGGGUCAUCACCGAUGCCGCGCGUUACUUCACAUCGGCCGAGUUCUGUGAAUUCCUCGGCAGGUCUGGAGUAGGCUUCAUGGUGGCGCCAGCGGAAGCCCAUUGGCUUCUUGGCGUUGAGGAGCGGUGUGUGCAAACCCUCAAACGCACCGUGGGGAGACUUGAGCGCGAGGAGAAUGGGCUUGACUUGGAAGGCCUCUUCGCUCUGGCGUGCCACGGCCACAACACCCAUGUGCAUCCCUCAUCUGGAUACAGUCCAUACCAAUGGGCGCGAGGCUUUGCGCCGUCUGAUGGUCAGCGAGAUGUGGACCCCAAGAAGGCGUUCAACAAGGUGUUUGUGCAGCGCGAGAAGGCCGAGCAGGCUUAUCGCCGUGCUGAGGCAGCCGAGCGGCUGUCACGGCUGAACAACACUGUGAGCCGCCGGAGCACCAUAUUCAAAGCCGGCGACCUCCUGAUGUUAUGGCGACAGCGGCUUCGAAGCGGAAAAGGUGGAUGGACUGGUCCACUGCGCCUCUUGAUUCAGGAAGGGACAACCGUGUGGCUGGCUACAGGCGCGACGCUCAUUCGUGCAAAGACCAACCAGGUACGUGUGUGCUCAGCGCGGGAAGAGGCCGUGAGCUCAAUGCAAGGCCUGACUGUGCUGCGCAACCCGGCAAGUUUGAGUUCUCUCCUUCGGGGCUACCAGGGGCGCAACUAUGUGGAUGCCUCUCAGGAGAGCCCUGGGCCAGGCAUAGAAGAGGACCUGGCUCCUGCCGAAGUACGCCAAGAACCAGCUCCCGAGCGACGACGACCUGCUGUGCGCGAUAAGUGGGAAGUAAGAGAAAGUGCUCUCGUUCGUGUGCACGGGACGCCAAGACUGACCUUGUUCACUCCGGACAAGACACAGGAGUGUCCAAAAGCAGAAUGGGAGCUCACUGGAAAACGAAGAACCAUCAUCCAGAUUGGCAGCAACCGGCAGGUGAUCGAGGACAACUACAAAGUCGAUGACAGGCCCAAUCGGGGCCUACUGGAGCGAUGGACCGGUGAGACGCACUUCGAGCUGAAGCAGAAGAAGAAGGCUGAAGAUGAUGAGGCAUCAAAGCCGAUCUCCAAGAUUCCGAAGAAGGAGGAGAAGGCAAGCUCAAGCGCUGGUUCAGUGGUGAAGAAAGGCCAGCUUCCAAGUGGAGCAGCUGUGGGGCCGGCGCCAGUGACGCCAGGCGUGGUUCCAGGGACACCGGUGCCACCUGUGUCCAAUGUUGCCUUGCCACCGGAGCUGGAGGAGGAAGCGGUCAAAUCAGCUGUGUACGAGUCUUCUUCUUCAUCCUCGAGUUCUUCGAGUGAGGAGCUGGUGCCAGAUCAUAAGAAGGAGCGGAAGAGGAAGGCCGAAGGCGAGGCCGAGAGACCGCCCAAGGAUGCCCUGGCAGUCAUGUGCUCCAUCGAAGUGAAGGAGAAAGAUUUGAAGAAGCUGGUGACGAGGCCAAAGAAAGCCGGAGUCUGGCUUUCGCAACGAAUGAUGGAAAAGAGCAGAGAAGUUAGUUGGAGAACGUUGGACCAAGCCCAGAAAGAAGAGUUUGAUGAAGCUCAAUCGAUUGAGCUGAGCAAUGUGAUUUCAAGUGCUGCUGUUCGUGCACUGUCCAAGGCCGAGCUCGCCAACGUGGACUACGCCAAAGUGAUGCAGAUGCGCUGGGUCUUAACCUACAAGGCCACCGGAAAGGCAAAAGCGAGGUUAGUCGUGUUGGGGUAUCAAGCCCACAAUCUUACAAGUGUUGAGACGACGGCUCCGACUUUGUCAAGGGCUGGAAAGCAUGUCUUGUUGACCUGCGCGGCUAACGCAGGCUUUUGUUUGGAGUCCGGAGACGUGACCUCGGCGUUCUUGCAGACCGUGGGCAGCUUGGAGAGUGAGGAGCUCUACAUAUGGGCGCCAGCCGAAUUAGCGGCUGCUUUUGGCUUGCCUCCAGAUGAUGGUUCCAUCAUGAAGCUCACCAAAGCGUUCUAUGGGCUUGCUCACGCGCCAAGAAGAUGGUUCGAAAGCGUCGUGAAGGCCAUGGAGGAAUAUGGAUGGCGCCAAUCGAUCAGUGAUCGUUGCCUCUUCAUGCUGUUCGACGAUCUGGGCCAGCUUCAAGCAGUGGCAGGACUUCACGUCGACGAUUUUCUAAUCGCCGGCAAUCCAGCAAACGAGUUCUACCUCAAGGCGAAGCUCCACCUUCAGAAGCAGUUUAAGUUCGGCAAAUGGGACAGCCAAGAGUUCGAGUUCGCAGGCUGCCGGAUUCGACAAAGUGCUGAAGGCAUAUUCCUGGACCAGGAGGACUACGUGAACAAAUGGCUCAGCGACAUCGAGAUUCCAAAGGCUCGGGCCAAUGCUCCAAAAGCACAUCUUACGCCGUCUGAGAUAUCCAGCGUCCGAGCAGCGCUCGGGACACUGGCGUGGAAAGCUUCACAGUCCGGCUUACACCAUCAGGCGGAGGUUUCUUUGUUCCUCUCCGAGAUCCCGACGGCGACCGUGCAGACCAUGAUCAACAUCAACAAGCUGAUCCGCGAGGUCAGGAAAGAGGCCAAGCAAGGACUCUGGUUUCCUGCGUGGGGCAAGGACUGGAGAGACAUAGCUGCUGUAGUCUGGGCCGACGCGAGCCAGAGCAACAGGCCAAAUAAGUCUAGCACCGUUGGCUACGUUGGAGGUUUCGCCCCUCGAAGCAUCAUGGAUGGCACCGAGGAGAAGGUCGCAGUCGUUGCGUGGAAAUCUGGCAAGGCUCCUCGCGAGAGCCUUGGAUCCAAUGGGAGUGAAGUCCAAGCAAUCACGAUGGGUGAGGACAUGGUCUUCCUUCUUCGCGCCAUGUGGUUGGAGGUCCAUGGGGGGCGGCUUCUUCGUGGAUCCAUGGAGACUGAGAUUCGCGAGAACACCCAUGGCUGUCUCGUCAUGGACUCCCGCGGCGUUUACGAUGCGGCUACCAGAAACCUGUCAGCUUUACAUGGGCUGCGGUCCUCCCGAGCCGGCUAUGAGCUCACCGUCUCCGUGCAACAGGCUCAGAAGCUUGGAACAUGCUUCAGAUGGGUCAAUGGCUUGUCCCAGCUGGCUGAUGGGAUGACGAAAGCGGGGGCCAAAAAGGGCUUCCUUCACUUUUUUCUCAAUGAACAGCGAUGGUCGAUCGUCUAUGAUGCUACCUUCACCGCCGGUCGAAAGAUCCACCAGGCCCAGCUAAAGAAGCAGCUUGCUGAGAGAGAGAGAAUGUUUGUACUUGCCAUUCAAGACUUGGCAAGAGAGGGCAAUUAUCCAUGGGCACCGAUUGAAGAUCAGUCGGCCGAUCUUGAUGCGAGUUUGUUGAGAAACCUCAGGGAAAUGGUAUUGAUGUCAGGACUGUGCCUCGUUCACACCACGAACCUCCAAGUUGAGCGCGACCCGCUCGGCCUGAUUGAGUGGAGCAGCCAGCGGCCUCAAGACGUCGUCUCCAUCAAGUUCAUCUACCCGCACCGGACUGGAGAGAUCUACCGCGUGCUGCCGUCGGACCACCACAGGUGGGUUUACUACCCAGACAUGGCGCCGGGCGAGUGCCUGGUAUUCAAGGUGAUCUACCUCGCACGUUACAUCAUCAACAGGCAUGUGCUCCACAAGCGUGCGGCCGAACAGGUGAGCAAAGGAGACGAUGGAAAAGAGCACAUGAGCAGCAUGGCCUACAUCUUCUCCCUGCUGGGCUAUGCCAUCGGCAUUGGCAAUGUAUGGCGCUUCCCUUAUGUCAUUAGCCAAAACGGAGGUGCCGCCGCUGUCAUUGCCUACCUCACCUGCGCCAUUCUCGUGGCAUGGCCUCUCUUCAUCUAUGAGAUGAUCUUGGGACAGUACUUGCGGAAAACCUUUGUGGAGACGUGGAUUCACAUCCGUCCUCGGUGGGCUUCCUUCGCGUGGGCUCAAUUUCUCCUGCUCUUCAUUGCCCAGACAUACUUCUCUGUCGUCAUCACCUACACCUUACCCUACAUUGCGGCAAGUUGUGAAGAACCGCUGCCUUGGACCGAAACUUCAGCCUCGGAGUUCUGGUCCCAGACCAUUCUGAACAGCUUUCCGGAUCUCAACAGCAAGCCUCCUGGCUUCGGGCCAAUCCAGUGGCGCUUGGCCCUUUCUUUGGUGGUCUUUUGGUUGAUCACCUACCUUUGCGUCGCCUUCGGCAAGAACAUCCUUGCUCAGAUCACUUACGUCACGGUGAUCAUGCCGGUAGUGCUGAUGGUGAUUCUCGUCGUGGUCACGACGCAGCAAGAGGGUGCCAUCGAUGGGAUUCAGUACUACAUCGGCAAGUUCGAAGUGGCCCAACUCGCACGACUGGAUGUAUGGGCCACGGCAUUGUCGCAGAUCCUGUUCAGUCUAUCCCCUGGCUUUGGGACGGCCAUCACCUACUCCAGCUUCGUCAAGCCGAAGGAGGACGUUUACCGUGCAGGGCUCAUUGUCGCCGCAUCCAACUCCGCAUUCUCGCUUCUGGGCGGCAUCGCCGUCUUCUCCAUGGUGGGCCACCUGGCUCGCGAGAAGGGGCUCCCCGUCGAGGAUGUGGCGACCAAGUCAGGAACGGGUCUGGCUUUCAUCGUCAUUUCUGAGGCCAUGACACUCUUCGGGGGCUUUCAAAACGUCAUGUCGGUGCUCUUCUUUGUGAUGCUCUUCACGCUCGGCCUUGACUGUUCCUACGCAUGGACAGAGACCAUCGUCAGCUCCGUGGAGGAGUUUCUGGGGCGACAUGGAUACAAGCGGCCCCUUUGGCAAACGACUUUGCUGCUUUGCACCAUCAUGUGCUCGUUGGGAUUGGUCUUCACAACGCGAAUGGGAAACAACCUCCUGGAUGUCAUCGACAUGUUUGUUGGAACCAUCUUUCUCCUUGUUGUAUGCUGCAUGGAGUCUAUCAUCUUAAACUGCGAUGUCGGCUGGAAGCGCCUUGCGUGCUCGCUGAAGGCCGCAACAACCGGCAACAAGCACACUCCAGAGGGUCGGAAUCUGUUCCCUCGAUGCCUCUGUCGCAUUGACUUGCACCUAACAGUUCCGGCGGCGACAGGGCUGCUAUGCCUCUAUCAGAUCAUCCACGUGGCCCAGAAGACGUAUGGCGGAUACCCUAGCAGCCUCGUGGCUUGGGGAUGGACGCUCUUAGCAACCUGCGUCGUUGUGAUGUGCCUCACGAUCUGGAAGCGUGACGCGGGGUCACUUCCCGCCGUGGAGGCCGACCUGCGCUUCAAGGGCGUGGUUCAGCCGGAUGAGGAGAGGAGCCUAGAGGAGCAGAGGUCGUGCUGA